UAUGGUUAUGCUAGUGUAUUAGAGGACAAUUUCCUUGAAGGUGCUCUUGAGCCAAACAUUGGAAACUUGAGCCACUUAAAGAGACUCCUUUUGUCUGCUAAUAAUUUCACGGGAACGAUACCUGUAUCCUUUAGCAAUUUGAAGAACUUAGAAGAUUUAGACUUGAGCGUCAACAAAUUGACUGGUCAAGUUCCUGACAAGAUGGGAGCUGCUCUAGAUUACAUGCUUUGGUGCUUGGAGAAGGAUCUACCUUGCAGCGGGAAGGCACAAUACCUUGCCCAGUGUUGCGAGGGUGAGGGCAAGCUUGCCUACGAUGGCAAGGCCUUGCCAUUUGCUGGCAACGUCUCCCUUCGAAUUAUUGUUGAGCAUAAACUGUCGAGCUACUUUUGGCCCCUAUCAUGUCUUAUGCAAUAUCAUCCGACGACCUAUGCAGACUCUUCCUUGUUUAUCAAUUGUGGAGGAAACAAAACGACUAUUGACGGGAAUCAAUAUGAAGAAGACACCAGUCUGAACGGGCCAUCAUUUUUCUCCUCUUCUUCUUCUUUUUGGCCAGAACAGUGGGCUUCCAGCACCACAGGGGUUUAUAUGGGAAAUGAUCAUGCAGGUUACACAGCAGAAUACCCCUAUAUUAUGAAUGUGAAUGGCUCAGGGUUGUACCAAACGGCUCGCCUUUCCCCUUGGUCGAUCAGAUACUAUGGCCUUUGCAUGAUGAAAGGACGUUACAAAGUGCGGCUCCAUUUUGCUGAACUUCAAUUUUCCGAUGACGAAACAUAUAACAGCCUCGGGAAACGUAUAUUCGAUGUAUCGAUACAAGGCUGCACACAACAGGCAAUCAAGUGUUGGAAGAUUUUAAUAUUGCGGAGGAAGCGGAGGUGUUGGAUGGGAAUCGAUAAGGACUUCAAUGAUAUUUACGUUACUGGCAGUACUUUGGAGAUUCAUUUAUAUUGGUCAGGGAAGGGAACCACAGCCAUUCCUAAUAGAGGUGUCUAUGGACCACUUAUUUGCGGCAUUGCAGUGACACAGAACCAAGAUUUUGGAGGCACUGGACUAUCAGCUGGAGCAAUCACCGGAAUUGUAGUAGCUUCGGUGGUUCUUCUUGUAUUGAUAAUACUGGUCCUUUGGCUAAGAGGAUUCUUAGAUUGUAGAGACGUUGAAGAUCCAGAAUUACAUGGGCUAGAUAUCCAAAUCGGCCAUUUCACUUUAAGGCAAAUCAAAGAUGCUACGAGCAACUUUGACACUGUGAAUAAGAUAGGUGAAGGAGGGUUUGGCCCAGUUUACAAGGGAACACUAUCGAAUGGAACUAUAAUUGCCGUGAAGCAACUUUCUUCUAGAUCAAAGCAAGGCAAUCGUGAAUUUCUCAAUGAGAUAGGCAUGAUAUCCGCUCUCCAGCACCCAAAUCUCGUAAAGCUUUACGGCUGCUGUAUUGAAGGAAAUCAAUUGUUACUAGUUUAUGAAUAUUUGGAGAAUAAUAGUCUUGCCCGAGCACUUUUUGGACGAGAUGAUCAACAGAUUGAGUUGGACUGGGCCACUAGAAAGAAAAUAUGUUUGGGAAUAGCUAGGGGAUUGGCUUACCUUCAUGAGGAAUCUAGGUUGAAAAUUGUUCAUAGGGACAUAAAAGCGGCAAAUGUGCUGCUUGAUAAGGAACUAAAUGCCAAGAUCUCAGAUUUUGGUUUGGCCAAACUCAAUGAAGAAGACAAUACGCACAUCAGCACAAGGAUAGCUGGAACAAUAGGUUAUAUGGCUCCUGAAUAUGCUAUGAGGGGCCACUUGACAGACAAAGCCGAUGUUUACAGCUUUGGAGUUGUCGCUUUGGAAAUUGUCAGCGGAAAGAGCAACACAAAUUAUAGGUUGAAGGAAGAGUCUGUUUAUCUCCUUGAUUGGGCCCAUGGGUUGCAAGAGCAAGGGCACGUUCUUGAACUCAUGGAUCCACGUCUUGGCUCAUAUUACUCCGAGGAAGAGGCAAUGAGAAUACUCAACCUGGCACUUCUAUGCACCAAUCCUACACCAACUCUUAGGCCACCAAUGUCAUCUGUGGUGAGCAUGCUCGAAGGUAAAAGCGCGUUGCCAGCACCCAUAAUCAAGUGCACCGCAACAAAUCCAGAUCCUAGGUUCAGAGCCUUCGAGAGUCUAGCUAAUGAUAGUCAAACAAAUGUCUCGACAUUCUCUGAGGACAAUGACCAGGUGCCGGGAAGCAUGUCCAUACAAGGUCCAGGGAUUGACUCUUCAGCUUAUUUCACUAGUAAGGACGAAAGCCAUUCUUCAGAGAUCACGCUUCUCUCAGCUUCUUAGGACUCAGAUUCGUUCAGUAAUUAUUAUCUGUUAAUCAUUUAUUCUAUCCAAUAGUGUAAAGGAAUUAGAUGGCGGAAAUAUAGGGGAUAAGAAUAUGGCUGAAGGAUGUUGUACAACCACGUUGUUGUCCGUCCAAGCCCUCGCACGAGUAUAGAUCCUGUG